GCGUCUGGCGCGGUGCCUGGGGCGCCAGGGUUGCAGGUCAGCCUGAUGAUCCCCACCUGGCAGUGGCUGGGCGGGGAGCCGGAGCCGUGUCACCUCGCUUGCAUCUUCCAGGCGGCCUACUGAGGCCUUGAGCCGGGCCGCAUCUGGAGCGCCCUGUGCCCCGCCCCCAACCCUAGUGACCGAUACCCGCCCCCAGUGCCGCCCAGAGGGUCCAGUCCCCGUCUGUCCCCGUUUUCCCCGCGGGCACGGGCCCCAACGCCUGUAGCCGCCGCUCUUCCCCUGUGAUCUGUGGAGGUGGUUGGUUACCAUGGUGAAGUUGGCAGCCAAAUGCAUUCUGGCAGGGGACCCCGCAGUGGGCAAGACCGCCCUGGCCCAGAUCUUCCGCAGCGACGGGACCCACUUCCAGAAGAACUACACCCUGACAACAGGGGUAGAUUUGAUAGUGAAGAUGGUGCCAGUCCCUGACACGGGGGACAGUGUGGAGCUCUUCAUUUUUGACUCUGCCGGCAAGGAGCUGUUUUCUGAAAUGCUGGAUACAUUGUGGGAGAGCCCCAACGUCUUGUGUCUCGUCUAUGAUGUGACCAACGAGCAGUCCUUCAGCAACUGCAGUAAGUGGCUGGAGAAGGCACGGUCCCAGGUUCCAGGCACCUCCCUCCCAGGUGUGUUAGUGGGCAACAAGACAGACCUGGCCGGCAGGCGAGCGGUGGACGCGGCUCAGGCCCACGAGUGGGCGCUGGGCCAAGGCCUGGAAUUUUUUGAAACAUCCGUGAAGGACACGAAAAACUACGAAGCCCCCUUCCAGUGCCUGGCCCGGCAGUUCCACCAGCUGUACCGCGAGAAGGUGGAGGUUUUCCACGCGCUGGCGUGAGGGCCUGGGUGCUGCAGGCUGUCUGGCCGUGGGCCCGUCUCCUCGGAAGACGAGAGAAGACGGGAUCACCCGGCGCCUCCAAUCUGUCGUGACAGCU